CCAUGUUCCAAGAUGAAUCUUCAAGAGCUCUUGGCUUCGUCCACCAUUCAUUCAUGCAGAAUUCAAAUUCUACAACGAACGCCGCUUUCCCGUUCAACGGAUUUCCAACUGUACACUCCAUGCCUGAUCCAACAACGGCAUUUGCAUUGCACGGAGCAGCUGCUGGAGUUCAUCAAUUUGCAAGCUCAGCACCACCUUGCUCCAGUUACGCCCCAACCCGAAGAUUUUACACUUCGUCGGCACCGGCGCAAGAACAAUGCGUCGAUAAAAAUAUAAAAGUAAAGUUAGAAAAUCGGGAUCUCUGGAAAAAGUUCCAUUCAAUUGGAACAGAAAUGAUAAUAACAAAAUCUGGAAGGAGAAUGUUUCCUACGUUCAAAGUGUCUCUGGAAGGUUUAGACGCAUCUGCCAAAUAUAUCUUACUCGUAGACGUUGUACCUGUAGACGAUUGCCGUUACAAGUAUCACAACUCGGAAUGGGUUGUAACCGGAAAGGCCGAACCGCAUAUGCCUGGUCGUUUAUAUAUUCAUCCCGAUUCUCCAGCGUCUGGUUCGCACUGGAUGAAGCAAUCAGUAGCCUUCCAUAAGAUGAAAUUGACAAAUAACAAUCUGGAUCAGAACGGACACAUCAUCCUCAACUCAAUGCACAAAUAUCAGCCAAGGGUACAUGUUGUACAAGCCAACGAUAUUUUCUCUUUGAGGUGGACAACAUUUAAUACGUUCCCCUUUGAAGAGACAACGUUUAUAGCGGUUACAGCUUAUCAAAACGAACAGAUAACGCAGUUAAAGAUCGACAAUAAUCCUUUCGCCAAAGGUUUCAGGGACAAUGGAAUGGGUAGGAGAGAUCAUCGACUAAUCGGUCAAAAACGAUCCGCCGCCGCAACUUCUUCAACGCAACAACCGGAAUCGACCUCAUCGCCUCCGGUCACCAGCAGUAAAGAUAGCGAAGAAGAAGAAGAUGAAAAAAGAAUGCGUCGGGACGAUUACCGACCGCAUCCCCAAGUAUCUCAACCCCAUCCCCCUCCACCACCAUGUCAAUUUGGUAGUCAGCAACAAAUACAACAAAGUUAUUGUGUUCCACAGCAAAACCCUUAUUGUGUACCGCAAUCAGCAACAGCCUCAGCUUUCGCCUCGCCCUUUCAGUGUCAUUCAAUGUUGUCCGCUUUUCAAUAGACUCUCUCAACAUUCUUUGUUUUUUUCAUUAUGUAUUAUACUGCAUUCCGUCGAAAUUUUUAAUAACUGUGUAUAUUAUAUAUAUAUAUAUAUAGAUAUACAUGCGAAGCAUAUUUUUUCAUAGAAAUUCUCUAUUAUCUAUUUAAAAUACAG